CUGGCGGAGACUCGUGGCUCCUGCCUCUGUUUACAAGCCUUGUACUCUUUUAAUGUCAGCCUGCUCCUUUUCCCCGUCAAACUGGAGAGAGAGAGAGAGAGAGAUAGUCAGAACGGAACGGCAGAGCUCAGAGGACACACGGAGCCGCUCUCGAUACAAACUACAGCAUGGCUAGGCGACCGAGACACAGUGUGUACAGUAGUGAGGAAGAUGAUGAUGACAGUGAGAUGUAUGAACAUGACUAUGAUGGACCGCUGCCCAAGCCAAGCAAACGCCAUCUAGGCAAGACACGCUGGACACGAGAAGAGGAUGAGAAGCUGAAGAAGUUAGUAGAACAUCAUGGAUCAGAAGACUGGAAGCUCAUCACUAGUUUCCUACCUAACCGUACAGACGUUCAGUGUCAGCAUCGCUGGCAGAAGGUUCUCAACCCAGAGCUCAUCAAAGGACCCUGGACCAAGGAGGAGGACCAGAGAGUGAUUGAACUAGUCCAGAAGUAUGGAGCCAAGCGUUGGUCCGUAAUCGCCAAGCACCUGAAGGGUCGGAUAGGGAAGCAGUGCAGAGAGCGCUGGCACAACCACCUGAACCCCGAGGUGAAGAAGACUUCCUGGACCGAGGAAGAGGAUCAGAUCAUCUACCAGGCCCACGAGAAACUGGGCAACCGCUGGGCUGAGAUCGCCAAACUGCUGCCUGGCAGGACUGAUAAUGCCAUUAAGAACCACUGGAACUCUACGAUGCGUAGGAAGGUGGAGCAGGAAGGUUACCUUCAGCACGCCGCCGCCAAAUCUGGCCACGCCCUCGCCGUCUCUCCCGGUUACGCCAAGGCCAACAACCACAUCAUGAGCUUCUCUCACCACUCCCCUCUCCCGCCUCUCUCACCUUUCACAGGGAACCACUCCUAUAUUUCGGACCACAGGGUGCCCUUCCCCCGAGGGCUGCACGUCAACAUCCUGAACAUUCCACAGCACGGAACAGCUGCUAUACAGAGACAUUAUAGUGAGGAGGACCCAGAAAAGGAGAAGAGAGUGAAGGAGAUUGAGCUGCUGCUAAUGUCAACAGAGAAUGAGUUGAGGGGACAGCCUGCACUACCUAUCAACCCGUACGCCAGCUGGGCAGGUAGUGACAGCUCAGAAGGCGUGGCCACAUCGUGCCAUCACCACCAGGCCACCGGCCCCUGCCUCCCCGAGGAGAGCGCCUCGUCCUCACGCAGCAACAACAGCAACAAUAACAACAACAACAACAGCAGCAGCAACAACAACAACAGUCACCAUGGCAGCCACACCCUCUCCAACCUCCCGGAGUUCAUGGAGUCAGUCAUCGACUCGUUUCUCAACCAAUCGGCGAGCCCGGAAAGCUCAGACAGCGACAGCCUACCUAUGAGCUCCCAGAAACCCCUGCUGGCUACGCCUCUACACAGAGACCACACCCCCCGACCCCAGAAAAAGAAUGACAUGUUCAGGACUCCUACUAUCCGUCGUUCCCUCCUGGAGUUGUCUCCUCGUACUCCGACCCCCUUCAGGUCUUCCAUGGUAGAGUGUAUAAAACAGGAACCUAUGGAGUGUGUUGUCUCGGUCGGGGACCAACAGCCAACCCUAAAGAAGAUCAAACAAGAGGUGGAGUCUCCCUGUCUGCAGUGGAAGGGGUCAGACCUCCCUACCCAGCUCUUCUCCCUCUCUGGCCCUAUCCAGGAAGUACCUGAUCUGCUGACACGUUCUGUGCUGAGUGAUGACAAACCCUACCACCUCUCCCUCCGGCCCCUGGCCAGCCCACUACAGCAGCUCAACACAUGGGACCAAGUGGCUUGUGGGAAGGUGGAGGAUCAAGAACAGAACCACAAAUAUAUCCACACUUACUCUGCCAGAACCCUGGUUAUGUAACACACACACACACAUACACAUACACAUAUACACAUAUACACAUAUACACAUAUACACACACACACACACACACACACAGACACAGACACUGGAUACAACGGAUCAAAGACCUUGUGUUUAUUUCUAUUUCAACUUUUUUUUGUAGAUUCUGUUUUUUUAUGCUUUGUUGUUUUAUAAAACAGGGAGAAAAUGAUGUGCCUAUAAUUCAAUCAUAAUUGGGCUGUAAUCUUAAUAAUCCUAAAUUGUAAUAUUGUAAUAUAAAGAACAAGUUGAUUAAUUUAUUUUGUUUUGUUUUGAGGAAGACUGUUUUUUUUUAUACAACCGGCCAAUCGAGCAGUGUUUGACUUCAGUAUUUGAACCUUGACCCCUGACCCCUAACCCUUGACCCCUGACCCAAGGCCCUAGCAUUAUAUAACGGGUUAAAGUUGUUGGUUUUUUUUGUGCAAAAAAGAUUAUUAUGAAACGAAUUAAACGAGCCCCUCUGUAUUUCAGUCAUAAUACACUUAGAGUCCGAGGAGAGGCCUUUACAAAACAUCAUAAUGCCUUAUAAUGCCUAUAUGAGUGUUAACAUUUCACUGCUAGACAUUACAUCUUACGUCAGCUCCUAUGUCAACCUUAUGAAUGGUUAUGAAUGAUCAUAUGAUGCUGUUAUGUGACAAUUGGGCCAUCACCCGUAUUCUGAUUCGUUUCCUAUCUUGUCUAUAUACUGUAUCAUAGGGGAAACAUUUCCAUUCAACAAAAUGUAUUAUUAAUAUUAUUAUAAUGUUAUUACUUUUGUCCUAAAGUCUUACACUGAGUUUACUACAGAUGCAUCAAACUAUGACCCAAUCCCAAACCGACCCCUAGACCCUACGGCCUAUGAUCGACCCCUAGACCCUACGGCCUAUGAUCGACCCCUAGACCCUACGACCUAUGAUCGACCCCUAGAUCCUACGACCUAUGAUCGACCCCUAGAUCCUACUUCCUUGUGGAGAUCUGAGAUGAUUUGACAGAUGUAAGCAAUAUGGUAAUAGUUAGUUGAUUAGAUCCGUCCAAUCUUCUCAGAUCUCCACAAGGGCAAAGGGCAAAGGGCAAAGGGUUCUAUGGGUCAAUUGAAGAGUGGGCCGACGAGCUGAACCCAGUAACAUGUGUUAAAGCUGCACUUGAUUGAGAACGCUGUUAUUUUUCUAGAUAUUGAUAAGAUUACUACAAACGUGGGCCCACAGGAUACCAAGGUUCUGGUAAAAGACCCCGCUGUGUUUCAGAAAAAUAUUACUUUUGAUACUUUGUCUGUGUUGUUGUUGUUGUUGUUGUUGUUUUCUACCGUCUUUGUAAUCUAACGCCACGAUACUAAACCAUGUCGUGUGUAUCAGAUCGAAAAACACUCAGCAGUGUUCUCUCUCAUCUUGUUUGAUACCCUUUCUACAUUUUUAUAAAAGCAUUUCCACAGGACAGGUUUUUAUGUGUUUUUUCAAUACUUUUUCAAUAAAGUCUUUUUUUAAAUCAGA